CGGCUUGAAUCGCAGUCCCGCGCCGCGGAGGGCGGUGAGGCGGGCGCCAACGGCCGGUGCGGCGGGGCGGGAGGCAGCGCGGAAACACGGCAUCCUGGGGGCGACCUAGCUGGGGCCCGGGGCGCUGAGUCUUCUGGCGGGUCCGCCGCUCCUGCUCAGGCUGAGCGGCAGCAGCCGCCCGGCGGUGGGCGCCCAGGAGCCGGGUAGCGACCCGGAGCCCCCAAGGCGGGGUGCGGACGUCGUGUCCGCAGCCUGCGUCCCCCGCGGCCGCGCCCGGGCCAUGAUCGACUCGGUGAAGCUGCGCCGCGACAGCGCGGCCGACUUCUUCUCGCAUUAUGAGUACCUGUGCGCGCUGCAGGACUCCGUGCCGCUGCCCGCCGUGCGCGCCUGUCUGCGGGAGGGCGUGCUGGACUUCAACGCCGACCGCCUCCGCGUGGCGGACUGGGCGCCGCUUCUCAGCACCCUCAAGAAUGAUAAAGAUCUGCCCUUGAUCUGCAUCAAGAGCUGCUUCCAGCCGUGGCUUGGCGAAACAGCUUCUGACAGAAAUAAAGUUUACAGAAGUCGUGUUCCUGCGAUAAGAAAUAAAGAUGUGACCUUCCAGUUGUGUAAAGCUCUUAAAUGCUGUUUAAGUGCAUCAGGUGCGCUGAGGAACCUGGAGCUUAACGGGCUAGUUCUGAGAGAGAGAGACUUAACGAUGUUAACAAAGGGAUUGAAUAAAUCAGCCACUUUGGUGCACCUGUCUCUUGCGAAUUGUCCAAUUGGAGAUGGAGGUUUAGAAAUUGUUUGUCAAGGUAUAAAGAACUCUGUCACUCUUAAGACAAUAAACUUCACGGGGUGUAAUCUGACAUGGCAGGGAGCAGAUCACAUGGCCAAGAUCUUAAAGUAUCAGACCAUCAGAAGGCAUGAAGAAACCUGGGCUGAGAGUCUUCGUUACAGGAGACCUGAUCUUGACUGCAUGGCUGGUUUGAGGCGCAUCACUCUGAACUGCAACACACUCAUUGGUGACCUUGGUGCAAAUGGUUUUGCAGAAUCUCUUAGUGAGGAUUUAUGGCUGAGAGCACUUGACCUGCAGCAGUGUGGCCUCACCAAUGAAGGAGCAAAUGCUUUACUAAAAGCCCUUGAAACCAAUAGAACUCUGGUCGUUCUGGAUAUAAGAAAAAAUCCACUUGUUGAUCAUUCUGUGAUGAAAGCCAUUAUCAAAAAAGUUCUCCAGAAUGGAAGAAGUGCCAAGUCAGAGUACCAAUGGAUAACUUCUCCAUCCGUGAAGGAACCAGUGAAGGAACCAUCCAAAGCUGCCAGACAGAAAAAGAGAACCAUAAUUUUGGGAAGUAGUCGAAAAGGAAAAGCUACUAUUAGAAUUGGAUUGGCCACAAAGAAACCUGUAGGUAAUGGAAAGAAACCCUCCACUGGUAAAGACUCUUACGCCCCGGAACCUCUGCCUCCCGGUGUGUCUGGCUUCCUGCCAUGGCGAACGGCAGAGCGUGCAAAGAGGAGCAGGGGUUUUCCUUUAAUCAAAGCUCGUGAUGUGUGUAAUCAGUUGCAGCAAUCAGAUUUUCCUGUGACUGUGACCGUAGAGAGUCCUUCCUCCUCAGAAAUUGAAGAGGUUGACGAUUCCUCAGAAAGUGUUCAGGAAGAGCCAGAGAAAAUCAGUUUGAAACAAGAAGCAUUGCAGGGAAAACUGGAGGAGUGCCUAAAGCAGUUAAAGGAGGAAAGAGUAAUGAGGCUUAAGGCUGAUAAACGAGUCAGCGAGUUGGAACAUGAAAAUGCCCAGUUAAGAAAUAUAAAUUUCUCUUUGUCUGAAGCCCUUCAUGCACACUCAUUGACAAGCAUGAUCCUGGAUGAUGAAGGUGUUUUGGGCAGCAUUGAGAAUUCUUUCCAGAAGUUCCAUGCUUUCUUGGAUCUCCUUAAAGAUGCUGGGCUUGGGCAGCUGGCCACAAUGGCUGGUAUAGAUCAGUCAGAUUUUCAUUUACUAGGUCAUCCCCAGAUGAAUUCUACUGUUAGUAGUCCACCUAAAGAAGAAAAGAAGGCACUUGAAGAAGAAAAGUCAGAAUUACAGCAGAGUGCCUUAGGACAAAUGCAAAAUAUCCAAGUUUCUAUUUGUAUGCAGUCAGCUUACAAUGAAGGAACACUAAUGAAGUUUCAGAAAAUAACAGGUGAUGCUCGAAUUCCGUUGCCUGUCGACACCUUCCAUGUCCCAAUCUCUACUCAGGAGACCUUAGAGACUUCCAAAGACAACCUGGGAGUCCCAGUCACAGAACAGCGGCAGGAGUCUUUUGAAGAUUUCAUUGCUAGAGCAUGUUCUCCUUCAGCAGAUGUAAUUUGUGGAACGGGAAGUCAAAGAAAAGAAGAGGAAUUAUCUAGAAAUAGCAGGCCUUCCUCAGAAAAAAUGACCAAAACAGGUGAAUAUAUCAAAAAGCACUCUGCUAAGAAACAGCCUGGGAAGGACCUGCAUUCCUGCUCUGAGUCACCUGUAAAGCAGAAAACCAGAGGAAUCGGGCAGAAUAGCUCUUUGGUUAAUGAACCAAUUAAAAGCGAGUCUUCGAAAAAACACAUUUCUGUUAAGAAAGAGAGUAAAAUACUGACUGUUUCAUCAAAGACAACUAGAAGUAAACUCAAUCUUCUUGAACAUUCUGAAAGUGAUACUCUUGGAUCUGAUUUUGAAUUUCAAGAAAGCAUCCAUACUCUAUCACGCCUGACAUAGGUCUAAAUCUUUUAAAAUUAUGUUUUUACCUUCAAAUUUUAAUAAAUUACUUGUUUUUAUUAUA